AUGGCCGUGGAUGUGACAGAAUAUCAUCUGAGCGUCAUCAAGAGCCCCCCUGGCUGGGAGGUCGGUGUCUACGCUGCCGGGGCCCUGGCACUGCUUGGAAUCGCGGCUGUGAGUCUGUGGAAGCUCUGGACAUCGGGGAGCUUCCCCAGCCCCUCCCCGUUCCCUAAUUAUGACUACAGGUACCUGCAGCAAAAGUAUGGAGAGGCCUACGUGGAGGCUAAGCUGAAGAGAGUCCCUCAGUGGAAUGCCCAACGGACCAACACUCGGGGACCAUCCAGCCGCAAAGGCAGCCUCAGUAUUGAGGACACCUUUGAGAGCAUCAGUGAGCUGGGACCCCUGGAGCUGAUGGGCCGGGAACUGGACCUGGCCCCCUAUGGUACUCUCCGCAAGUCACAAUCGGCUGACUCUCUGAACUCCAUUUCCUCCGUGAGCAACACCUUUGGGCAGGAUUUCACACUGGGCCAGGUGGAGGUGAGCAUGGACUACGACGCAGCCUCCCACACCCUCCACGUGGCAGUGCUGCAAGGCAAGGACCUCCUGGAGCGCGAGGAGGCCACCUUCGAGUCCUGCUUCAUGCGCGUCAGUCUGCUGCCAGAUGAACAGAUCGUUGGCAUCUCCAGGAUCCAGAGGAAUGCCUAUUCCAUCUUUUUCGAUGAGAAGUUCUCUGUCCCCCUGGAUCCCGCAGCCUUGGAGGAGAAGAGCCUCCGUUUCUCUGUGUUCGGCAUCGAUGAGGAUGAGCGGAACGUGAGCACUGGGGUGGUGGAGCUGAAGCUGUCUGUGCUGGACCUCCUGCUGCAGCCCUUCAGCGGCUGGCUCUACUUACAGGACCAGAAUAAGGCUGCUGAUGCUGUGGGAGAGAUCCUGCUGUCCCUCAGUUACCUGCCCACAGCCGAGCGUCUGACUGUGGUUGUGGUGAAAGCCAAGAAUCUUAUCUGGACCAAUGACAAGACCACAGCAGACCCCUUCGUCAAAGUAUACCUGCUGCAGGAUGGGAGGAAGAUGAGCAAGAAGAAGACGGCCGUGAAGAGGGAUGACCCCAACCCGGUGUUCAAUGAAGCCAUGAUCUUCUCGGUACCAGCUAUUGUGCUCCAGGACCUGUCUCUCCGAGUGACCGUUGCUGAGAGCAGCAGUGAUGGCCGUGGGGACAACGUGGGACAUGUCAUCAUUGGUCCAGCAGCCAGUGGCAUGGGCACCACACACUGGAACCAGAUGCUGGCCACGCUGCGCAGGCCUGUGUCCAUGUGGCACCCAGUCCGGCGAAACUAG